UGCCAUAAUACUUUUGGUAUUUUUCUGAAUAUUUUUGUUACCUGAACCAAAACAUUCGUAAUGAAGAGGAGAGUAAUCAUAAAAAAGUGUACUUGUCUGGCGCCCACCCCCCAAACUCCUUGAACUUUGACACCGCUUCUCGAUAUUAACCCUUGUACUUGUUGCUUACUGUUGUGUUUUGUCCAAAGUUUUGUAAAAUAUGAAUGAAAAUGAUGCUGCGAAAAAGGUCGUGGGCAAGCGGAAUUCGGUCUCGUUUGAUCAACAGGAUCCCGGAGAACCGAGAUACAGCUUUUCCGGACGCAUUCAGGAACUGAUCGAGGGAUACAAUUCCGCCGUACAGUUGCUGGCGCCUAAGUGGCCCUGGUACCUCUAUCCCGGAUAUCUGACAUACGCCGUAUACUGGCGCUACGCCAAAUAUUACAAGGGCAAAUUGUUGCUGACCCCCAUUCCGAAUGGGCUAUAUGAUCUGCUCAUCAAGAACGAGCUGAUCAAGUCGGAGCACUUGGUUUUCGCUAGUCGCGAUGUGUACGAUACUUAUGCGGAGUCACCGGACGUCAAUUUUGUAAACUUGGUCAUCCGCGGAGGAAGGACUAAGAUCUGUAAAACCGAUGGGGGUUCCACAACUCAAACGGUCAUUAAGCAAAUGCUUCAGGAGGCUCCACAUACGAUUGUGGCCCAGAUUCUGCCGGUGACCCAAUGUCAACCCAAUUGUCUGUAUGUCCAGGAAAACUUCUAUGGCAACAUACUGGACCGCUUUGGAAUCAGUUCCAACUGUUGGGUGCAACUUGACCACUUUGCUGAUGAGCAGACCAUACCCGGCAUAGCCACCAAAGCCCAUGUAUAUUUGCUAGCUGAUCCUCACGAACUGCCAGCCGAACUGACGGAGAUUAUCCUUAACAACUACUUUAAUACCCCGCGACUUUUGCAUCGUGGUCAUAUUUACCGAAUCGAAGUUAACGCCGAACUUUUGGGCACAGCAACAUACGCCCAUUAUUAUUUGAUUUUUGCCAACCUGCGCCAUGUUCACUUAAAGUGCAUUCACCUAGAGACGAAGGGCAGUGAGUUCGAGUUGCAGGCAGUGGUGGCAAAGAACUUCAGCAAUCUGAUUCAAGUACCAGCAUCUCACAGUUUUCUGCCUCGCCAAGUGCUCGACAACGUGGCUAUCGUGGAAAACUAUCCUAGUGGACUGAGGAAACCCUAUAAAUUGCUACGCUCUUCCGUGGAUGCCUUCCUGCCCAAGAAGUCGGAAUGUCUAUCCUCAAAGCACAUCUUUCCUGUUUUCCUGCUGCAGGGUGAGCGCGGAUCUGGUAAAUCCAAACUUGUAAAUGCCGUAGCCCAGGAGCUAGGCAUGCAUAUUUAUGGUGCGGAUUGUGCGGAGAUUGUUUCACAGGUUCCUUCGCACACGGAGAUGAAGCUAAAGGCGGUCUUCGCUAAAAGCCAAGUCAGUGAACCACUCUUGAUUUGCUUCCACAACUUCGAGAUCUUUGGAAUAGACAAUGAGGGCAACGAGGACUUGCGCCUGCUGUCCGCAUUUCAUGUGCAGGUGCAAGAGCUCUUUAACCGUGAUCGGAAGCACCCAAUUGUGGUGGUGGCUUUGACCAGCGAUCGGCACCUUAAGCCCAUGAUCCAAGGUCUCUUCCUGGAGAUCAUCAGCAUUGAUAUGCCCAGUAAGCAGGAGCGUUUUGAGAUCCUUCGUUGGAUGCACGUGCGAGAGACUUUCAACGACGUCAUUCACAAUCAGAAAGCCAUCGAUGACUUGCCCUUGUUCUCGCGUGAAAAUCAGUGCCAGUUUAUGUCGCGCGUCUCUUCCAGCUGGCGGGAAACACUCAAUGUACUGCAGGAUGUGGCGGCCAAGUCACAGGGAUUUUUGUUGGGCGACCUGCAGUUGCUCUACGACAGUGCAGUUCGAAUGAAGAUUCGCAAACGCUUGGGCAGAUCCACUCUGGACAUGUCCCACUUCGCUCAGAACCUCACUGACAUGCAGAGCUCCUUCGCCGACAGUUUGGGAGCGCCCAAGGUGCCGAAGGUCUAUUGGUCGGACAUCGGUGGUCUGGCCAAGCUGAAAGACGAGAUCCAAAGCAGCAUAGGCUUGCCGCUCAAGCAUGUCCAUCUUAUGGGCAAGAACCUGAGAAGAUCAGGCAUCCUGCUUUACGGACCUCCAGGGACUGGCAAGACCCUGGUCGCCAAGGCUGUGGCCACCGAAUGCAACCUGAGUUUCCUUUCCGUUCAGGGUCCCGAGCUGCUUAACAUGUACGUGGGCCAGAGUGAGCAAAAUGUGCGCGAGGUCUUUUCUCGUGCUCGAUCCGCUGCUCCGUGUGUGCUCUUUUUGGACGAACUGGAUUCCCUGGCCCCCAAUCGAGGAGUGGCAGGCGACUCUGGUGGCGUUAUGGAUAGGGUAGUAUCACAGCUUCUUGCCGAGAUGGAUGGAAUGAGCGAUGGCGACACCAGCAAGCCAAUCUUCAUACUGGCCGCCACAAAUCGGCCGGAUCUUAUUGAUCCCGCCCUUUUGCGUCCCGGUCGGUUUGACAAGCUCUUCUACGUGGGACCCUGCUCCACGGCCGAUGACAAGGCUGCCGUGUUGCGAGCCCAAACCCAGCGAUUCGCUCUGGAAGCCGGCGUGGACAUGGACCAGAUUGCAGAGCGUUUGAAGAGUGAAAUGAGCGGCGCAGAUCUAUACUCUAUUUGCUCAAAUGCAUGGCUAUCAGCCGUAAGACGCACUAUAGAUAAACACUUAAGCGGAGCAAUUACAGAAAAGGAACUGCUUCCGGAGAACGUGAUCGUGGAGGCGGAAGACUUCACCAAGUCGUUCAACAAAUUCGUGCCCUCUAUAAGCACUAAGGAUCUGGAGUACUUCAACAACCUAAAGGCGUCGUACAGCGUUUAAAGCUUUCGAAGAUGGAUAAAAAAAGAGUUAAAGUUUUUAUAAUUUAGUUUUUUAUAGUUUUGAAUUUGAAAUUAAACGUUUUUUUUAUUUAUAGCUGUUUUUUUGUAUAGGUUCUUAAUUUUGAAAUAAAUGCGAAUCUUUAAGUAACAUUUUUUUAUAUCUAAAUUAGCAUCUAUUGAUAGUUUCUCCUUUACAUUUUUUGUUAUACUAAAAUAAUCUGAAACGACAUGUGAAAAAACAAUUGCAUUCAUAAAUUGUACUCCUUGCUCGAGCUUUCGACAGAAAUUGCAGCCGACGAGACUACCUUGUAUAAUUGUACCAUGGCACAGUGGUCGGUCUUGUAUGAAGAAGGCGGCCAAAAAUUGUAUCCAGUAGGAAUAUCGACUUGAAAUUUUUUUUGUAGAUAUAUAAUAGCGUAUGAAUAUUAUAAGUAUUUUAAGUAUCAGCACCAUUAACGCCAAAUAUAUCCAUCAUGUUUACCAUAAAAUCUUUAAAAUUCGACUCCCAAAUGCACACUACACUUUUUAUUAA